GCAACUAUUACCGAAAGACACGAUCGACUAAAGAGAGUGGAAGACAAACGACUGUUUGCACUGGUUCUUUUUGCAAUUGUUUUGCUGUGGAAAUUGGAUAGCUAUCUUUGAAUUCGUUUUUUGCCGUGAGAUUUUACUAAUUGCAAAUGGCAAAGGCUAAAAUUGCGAAGCGUUCCAAGCUUAUUCUGAAAUCAGACAAAACAUCGAAGCUGAAAAGUUUUUCCAUUAUACUUGAACGACUGGACCCAGCCAAAAUAAAGCAAUAUGUGAGAGGAAACGAUGACAUCACACACAAUCUUGACAUUCAUAUUCAUCGAAAUGAAAUGCGAAUUCACAAUGUUCGUUCUACGGCCAUAGAUAACAGUUUCAAUGUACAUUUGAAAUUGUCUUCAGAAGGAUUGGUUGUCGUUCAGGAUAUAUCAAUCAAUGAUAUCGAAGACCGAAAUCCACUUGAAGACAAGCCGACUCGUAAUUUGAGACCCAAAUCAAAUAAGGCCAACAUUAUUGAUGAUAAUAGUAUUUCGAAAAAAAAAACAUGUUCAAAGCUAGUUAGGUCGCAAUCUAAAACUAUUUACAAAAUGACAGAAGAUGCAUGGCGUUUAUGUAAAAAUAAUCAUAAACGAAAUGGGUCUAAAAUUUGUGUAAAUGAUAUUGUAAUGGCCAAAUUAAAAGGAUAUCCGGCCUGGCCAGCCGUCGUCAUAGAAUUGAUGAAUAGUAGAGUAAAAGUAGAGUUUUUUGGAGCCGAACCGCACGAAAAAGUCGGCUUUGUGAGUUUAAAUGAAAUUACACGAUUUAGUGAGUCUGAAGAAGUUAUACGGCUCCUUUUAGGUCGCGAGUCGCGCGACACUCCUAAAUUUAGAAAAUCUGUUGAAGAAGCUGAAUUGGUUUGUGGCAUGCCACGAUUUUUGAGCAUAGUCUCGUAAUCGAUUCAGCUUUCUUAACUGAUUCUUCAGUUGAAAUAAAAAUGUUAAAAUUUCCAAAUUCGGAUUUAAUGAUGCAGAUAUCUGCUUCGA